AUGACAUCCUCAGCUUUCGAUAACCAACAAACCGAUGUUGAUAUGCAAUGUGAAGACCAAGUGUACCAAGAGACAAGUGCUAAUGCGAAUGCCACAUCUGGAGCAUCCUCUCAGGCGAAUAAGGUGAAGAAGUUGGUUGUGCCAAGGUCUCGUGUGUGGGAGCAUUUCACAAGAACCAAAGAGACCCGAGACAAGUGUGUAUGUCACCAUUUCCACAAGAUCUUUUCAUGUGCAUCCAAGUCAGGAACUUCGAACCUGAAGCAGCAUCUGCAAAUCUGCAAAGAACACCAGUCAUUCGUAAUUGGUCAGAAAACGAAUCGACAACAGAUUGGUAAUGAAGGAAAUCUGAAGCCAUCUAAAGUUUCUGAGACUGUUUUCAAAGAAGCGUGUAAUGAGUUGGUUAACCUCUGGAAGCCUCACUCAAGAAGGACUGCGACCAGGAACAUUGUGGAGAUGUUUGUGAAGAAGAAAGUUGCAUUGAAGAACUUACUCUGCACAAGCAAACAAAGGGUUUCCCUUACCACUGAUAUUUGGACUGCUCAAGUGACAGGAGCAAGUUACAUGGUUAUCACAUCACAUUUCAUUAACGAAUCGUGGCAGCUGAAGAAGUUAAUCAUUUGCUUCAAGUACAUCAUUGAUCACAAAGGUCAGACCAUUGCUAAUGUUCUUUUAAACUGUUUAGAAGACUGGGGAAUUGAGAAACUGUUCUGCAUCACAGUAGAUAAUGCAACUGCCAAUACUUCUGCUUUAGGGAGGUUCCAUAGUGUCUUUAGCUCAAUUUCCCCUGAUGCUUUAGUCUUAGAUGGAAAUUAUUUACACAUGAGGUGUGCUGCGCAUAUUAUAAAUUUGAUUGCUAAGGAGGGUUUGCGUGAUUUAGGCGAUAAUGUGUUAGCUGUCAGAAAUGCGGUUCAAUAUGUUCGGUCUUCUACAAGUAGGGUCAAUGCUUUUGAUCAAAGAGUCACAACUGGUAAGAUGACUCGUGGUAGCUUGCCUUUGGAUUUUAAGGUAGCAUUUGAUAAGAUGGAAGCAGAGGAUAGGCUGUACAAUGACUACUUUUUGGAAGUAGAAAAUGGGGUUAAGAGGUGUGGACCACCUGCUGCUAGCGACUGGAGUGGUGUUGAGAAGCUGAUUCGGUUUUUGGUCAUCUUCUACAACAAUACUUUGAUUGUCUCUGCCUCAUCUAAGGUCAAUGCAUACAAAUGCUAUGGUGAGAUAGUGACAAUUGAGAGAAAUCUCACUGGUUUAGCGAAUAGCUUAGAUUCUGAGUUGAAGUUGACAGCAUCUGAUAUGUUGAAGAAGUUUUUGAAGUACUGGGAAGGUAUCAAGGGUCUUAAUAAAAUGUUGAUCCUAGCGACAGUCUUUGAUCCUAGGAAUAAGAUGCAUUUUGCUAAGCUAUGUUUUGAGAAACUGUAUGGGAAAGACAGUUAUGAGGCUAAGGAAAUGCUAGGAUCAGUGAUUGAUCUUCUCCAGAGCAUGUUCAAGGAGUACAACUUGUGUUUUAGAGAGUACAGCACAGUCAACUCAAGCGUCUAG